UUGGCUUGUUGUCAAAGGUUAUGCUGUGCUCAAGGUUGUUUGAUGUCAAACGCUGUGCUCGUUGUCAACAGGGAAUCUUCGCCAAUGAAUUAGUUAUGCGAGCCAAAGACUUGGUGUAUCAUAUUCAUUGUUUUACAUGUGCGUGGUGUAACACAGUGCUAACCCAAGGAGACUAUUUCGGACUGAAGGACAACCUAGUUUACUGUCGAACACACUACGAGCUACUUGUACAGGGCGAAUCUUAUCUGCCGCCAGACAUAGGAACAAACAGAACUAUUGAAGGCCAGUCCGGUGAGAGCGGGCAGUUUCACUAUUCGAACUACACAUCCACAGGUACUGUCAGGAAAGGAAGACCGCGGAAACGGAAGUCAGCGGGUGUGGAAGUUAACGGUAUGACGACACAAAACAUAGGCCUGUUGUUUACUGACCAGUCGGGCUGUAAUCUCCACAUUCCACCUCUUGAUGCUGGUAUACCCAAUCAGAAUGUCCUAUCUCACCCGAACGGACAGCUACGGUCUAAGCGUAUCCGUACAUCAUUCAAACACCAUCAAUUAAGAACAAUGAAGUCUUACUUUGCAAUCAAUCAGAAUCCAGAUGCUAAAGACCUGAAACAACUGGCUCAAAAGACAGAUCUUUCAAAACGAGUACUUCAGGUGUGGUUUCAGAAUGCCAGAGCAAAAUGGCGCAGAAAUAAUAUAAAACAACAGGAUCAGCAAUCCCAACACCACUCACCACAACAACAGCACAAUAUGAAUGUUUGUAGUCCAGGAGCUGUCAGUUCCUUCUCAGAACCUAGCCCCCCAGCCUCAUGUUCGAUGAGAACAGAGUCCACACUAGGGGGAGUUCCUCCCCAGAUUCCUUUAUCCUGUGUUGAAUACUCGCCCAACCCUUCUCUUACGCCAACAGUUUCUCACCAUUCUGCACCCUCUGGAACUUCAGGAGAUUCAUUUCCUUUAAACUCAUUUCAGGAACUGUUCUAACUCAGUCAUUGUUAAUAAACUUACAAGUGAAAACUGGUAAAAUAAACAUGUUUUAUCGUUUUUAUCAGUGUAUCUUCAGAUCAAUGAUAAGUUUAUGUGUCCUCCGGAAAACCUGGUUAUCUUUUUCUUAGUAUUCCAGCUGAAAUAAAUUAUUUUAAGGGGGAAAAAAUGUUUGACUAAUCUGACAUAGUAAUCUUCGCUUGAAUCAGACCGAGAUUUCCACUUGGGACUCAAUUCCUUGUUUUCAAAUCCAAGAAACGACAAAAAGGAUGUUCUAGAUACUGUUCGUGUAAAUAUUCUUCUAUAUAAAGUAUAUAUAUAUAUAUGUAUAUCUAUAUAUAUAAUGUAAAAUUAAGAAUAUGACGGAAACUAUUUGAUACGUAUGACUUGUGGUUAAUUGGUGAAGUUGUGCAUACAUACAUAUAUAUCUAUGUUUAACUAUUUAUCAGUUGAGUAUCACUUUGUAAUUUCUGUAACGAUUGCAUCUUGAGGGUAAGUGAGAUAAUACCAACCACAAUAAUGCUUUAGUUUCAGAAGUGAAGAAGUUUGAUACUUAAUAUAUACAAUUUGGGACAGCUGAAGCCUACGGACUUAGAACGCUAAAAUCCGGGGCUCGAUUCCCCGCAUUCGACACAGUAGAUAGCCUGAUGUGGUUUUGCUCUAAAAUAAAUAUAUAAUUUCGUUUCAGAUUAUCAGCUAAGAAUAUCUAAUCACCACCUUACCGAAAAUCAUUUUUCUACUAAUAAAGCGAAAUUUAAUUUCUUUUUACAAAUAUUUUU